AUGGCGGUAGAUUUGACUCCUCGGUUCAGACGGUUGAACAGCCAAACACGAAGUUUUCGAGAACAUAUACAGCAUGGUUUCACAGGGCCUUUUGGUGCUACCCAGCUGUGGCACAACAUCAUCCAUGCCCUACAAACCCAGGUGGAGGUCCGCCGCUGUAGGAGGCAUCUGCGUGUUCAUCCCGAGUGCUUCACAGGCUCUGACGCUGUGGAUGCAGUCCUCAGCUAUUUGAUGCAGAAUGUGGUGUUUUGCUCUAGCGAGGUGUCUCGCCUUAAAGCUGCACGACUCUGCCAGGCUCUGAUGGAAGCCAAGGUGUUUGAACCAGUGGGGACGAAGCUGUUUCGCAGAGACAAGGAAGUGACAUUUGAAGACAGCAGUUACAGUCUUUACCGCUUUCUGGAAUAUAAAGUAUCGCCCAAUUCUGCCAUUCCCAACUACAGUAGUGACACAGAAAACAUGCCACCAGAGGGGCUGGAGAUAAAGAGGAAGAAGAGCUCCAGGAGGCUGAAUGAACUGAGAACGAUCUCUAAUCCCCUCGCUGUUGGACCAUCAGACAGGAGGGUUGAGAGGCUGCUGAGAAAUAUCAACCUGCGACCAUCCGUGUCUCCAGCUCUGACUCCAACCCCCACUACUUCUGCCUUUCUGUCCAAGGCUGUGGUGGAGGAGGUUUGGAAGCAGCAGACGCUGCUACAGCUGCUGCAGAUAAUAGAGUUGCCCAUGCUGGACUGCAUCCUGACCUCUCCUGCCAAGGUUCAUCCCCAGGCUUGCAGGGCUACUCUGGCCACUCAGGACAUCGUUAUCUCUAACACAUGCCUGGAGAGGGAGCUACCUGACUCCCUUAAACUGCCCCAGUUGGAUGGGUGGCUGUCGGCAGCAGCAGAUUGUUUGGAGCUCUUCCCCGACCAGCUGAUUGUUGUUGCAGGAGAACAGCUUAGCCUACAAUGUGGUGAUGACUCUGUAGACGGUGGCCGGGCAGAGCAGAGGGAAAACCAAAAGAAACUACUCUUUGACACCAUUGCCAAAUACUACAGUGGACAAGAGAAAGCUCCACUUCUCUCAGGACGCUACUUGGAUAUACAUGUUGCCAUUCUGAAUUUGCUGGAUGUCGGGAAGGUACAGGAUGCCAUCAAAGCUUCUCAGUUGUGUUUGCGGCUACUGGAGACGAGCAUGAGAGACGAACUCCGGAGAUUACUGGCUUUCAUGGCUACAGCAGCUCACCCGGAUGCCUGGCGUCUGCAGAAGCAGACUGAUAACAGGGCCCUGGUCUGUCGCACUUUUCAGAGGGCAGUUGUCCAGAAUCAUGACUUGACUCGAUCCCAAAGCGAGACCCUGGUGCUGUUUCUCAUGGACAAUCAUACUGACCUCUUCAAGACGCCGACAUCCCUUAUUGAAGCUGUGAGGAGAACACUGAGUACGAUGCAGCAGGGCAAAGACCCGGACUCCAUUGCUACGUUCACCUUCUGCCAGCAGGUAACGCCAACGGAAUACGAGGACCAGCGUGAGGCUACCACUCUGGAGAGCCUCAAGCAACUUCUUCAUGACAUCUCCUCCAACAAGAAAAUGCCUGCCAAGGAGAAGAGGAGGCUGCUCAAAGAGUUUGAGAAGCAUCACCCUGUGGUCUUUCUCCAGCACUUCUCUAGCACCUUCUGAGAAUGGUACUGAUUGACUUCCUAGGUGCACUUAAAAAGCCAGUAGAUAAGAGUGUUAAUUCCUGCUUACACUGUAGAAUUGAAGAAGUCUUUUUUCCCCCUAAGUAUUUCUUACUGUCCUGUUGCACUUGGUGGGUUAACACUGGAUUUUGAUUAAGCAUUUUGAGAUAUAAGUCUGUUUGUUGAAGCACAGACUUAACUGUAAUUGGGACUGGUUUUGCAGUAGUUCAUAAAUGAUAAAAUAUCUGUUAAUCUAAGAUAUCAGGUGCCUAAAUAGGAGUUGUCUGAGAGCUGUGGAAGAUUCAGCUAUUUGUUGCAGGUGGCAUUUUGUAUUAAAUGAGAGAAUAUUUUAAAUAUGUUACAUUGGUAACACUCUUUUUAUAUCAUUCAGAUGAAUAAUGUUUAAAGAUGGUGUAAUUAUUUUGUGUCCUGGAUUGUUCUGGCAUUACUAUAGAAUAUAUGUAAAGCAUAAAAAAUGCCUCAAAACGAUGAUGGCAUGAUUUAGGGCAUUAUUUAAGUGAAGUUGAUUGGGGCUUUGGAAAUGAAUCAGUGGCUUUGUGGAAUACAACUGUGCACUUCAAUCAAGCAUGAAUUUUUCUACAUAUCAAAUGAAGAAUAACAAUAUUAUAGCAGCAGUCUUUCUUUCUUACAAGUUUCUUGUUGGUUUUUGGUUUGGUUCAAUUUGACUGUGUUGUGGAAAAAUACUGGU